AGGCAGCUCUGGUGGCUCAAGGUUGCGUUGCUCCUGCUGUUAGUGCCGCAUCGCAGGAUGAGCGACACGUUCAGAUACACACUCUCUGAGUUUAAGCAGUUAAGCGAUGAACAACAACGCUCAGACACAUGGGAAUUUGGCGGCUGCAAUUGGCGGUUGACAGUUUACCCCAAGGGAGGUGGCACGGCGAAAGGCAAGUCGGUAUCGGUGUUUCUCCAUUGCAUGCGCCCUGCCACAUGCAAAGGAUUCGAUGUUUCGACGACAUUUGCCGUUAGUGCAGUUUGCCCCCAAGACGGUGCAAAGACGCACACACAGACGCGUAGCCGUUCAUGGAGUGACUCGACGGGUUGGGGAUGGCUUGAAUUCAUUCCGCUGGAAAGCGUGGAUGGGUUGCUUGUGGAUGGCGCUAUGGUUUUUGAGUGCAAGUACAACUCGGCGGUGCGAAUUGUCGCAACGCAUCCACCUUACCAGAUUCAUCGCGACCUGAGUGAGGUACUGCACGCAGCCCACCGACUACGAACUAGUGUCGAACGAUGGCGGUCGCAUUGUGGCCGCGCUGACUCGAUGAUUGAUCGGGCCAAUUGGCUGAGAGGGGCACCUUGGGACGACCUGUGCUAUCACGCACCGUCAGAUGACGCGCACGAUCGAGCUCGCGAAGCAAGGGCGGCAUUUGACAGUGCCCAGGACACCGUGCGCAAAGCUGCCUCCUCCGAGGUGGUCCCCGAGGUGCCGCGGGACCACGCCGCAGCUCGCGCCGCAGCUCGCGCGGCGGCGCAGACCCUCGAGGCCGCCCCCGGGGCCUCGAGGAGACAGGCGUGGCUGGAGGCCGAGGCGGUGUGGGCGAAGGCGUUCAAGCUGGAGCGGGGCGGCCAGAAGCGGGGCCAGGUGUCGCCGGCCUCGGAGGAUGGGAUGCGACUUCUUUGCGCCAGGCGCGACCGAGCGCGAGAGCGAUGCGCUUCGGCCCUGGGCGCGUACAUCUCGUCCACCGACGGCGAAGGCCUGGCCAAUCGCCUCUCCGUGGCCCAGCAGUUCGUUGCAGCUCACAAAGGCUGGAUCGUGGAUGACGCCAGCCUCACGGAGCCCAUCGCCAACUCCAAGGCUCUACUUCGCAGCACGUCGGCAGCAGCGCCGUCAUUGGAGCUGGUGCGGGAUCGCGUGGGCACUACGUUGGGAAGCUUGGCGGAUUCCGAUUCUGCGCUGCGGCAGAGAUUGACGCCCGCGACGACUGCAAGCGAGAAGGCUGUUAAGGAAGCUGUGAAAGCUAUGAAAUUAGUAUUCUCGGGAGGCGGCGGGGAGCACCAAGUUGACCUCGCUGGGGUAGCCGCUCUCAACUCGCUAUUGGCGUUGCAGAAGGAAGAGUCUGACUGGAAGGGCGCGCCGCCAGAAACUGAGUUGGUGAGCAUGAUCGUUGCAGUCAGCGAUGAUCUCCUGCAGUGCGCUAAGGACGCGGUUGGUCACUUAACGCAGGAGCUCGAGAACUACAGGGAGGCCUGCCGUUAUCUGUUCUUGCAGCCCGCAUUGGCGAUCUCGGCAGGGACGGGCGACGUGCCGGCCGUCGACGAGCUCGCGCGCCUCCGGGGACAGCGGCGCAGUUUGCAGCAGAAGGUGCAUCUGCUGAAGGCGCACCAACUGAAUCUGCAGGACGAUGCGGAGCCGAAUGAGGAGCGCGGCGAGUUCUUGGCAGAGCUGAUGGAUCUCUGCGCCAGGCACCGGAGCGUCAGCAGUUCGGUGUUCCCAGCCGAGAUCUUGGCCUCGCUUGGCAGUGCCGCGCCCCGGAAGCAGCAGGCGGCAAGCGCGGCCAGCGACCUCCGCCGAAUGCAGCGUGAGCGCCAGGUCGUGGACACGCAGGUCCUCGAAGCCUUCGCCCGGGCCUGGCAGGUGAAGCAGGAUCACUUCCCCGAGCUGCCCGUGGACGUCGGCGGGUGCCUGCACCCCGGACUUGCCGGCGUCUUCAGCGAGGACCGGGGCCUGCACAUGUACGAGGACAGGGAGAAGCUGGCAGAAUCCAACCACGCGGUCUUCCGCGCAACUUUCGCUGGCAAGCGGUGCGUCCUCAAGGCCUUUCCCCUCGAAUCGGACGACCGGCGCCGGCAGUUCCUGAAGGAGGCCCGCCUGGCCCGCAGUCUGAAGCACCACACCGUCGUUCCGGUCGAGUGCGUGUUCAUCGCCGACGGCACCGGGUACGUGCAGAUGCCGCUGUACGACGCUGACCUGGCAGCGUGGGCCAAGGAGAAGAAACGACCCACCGCGAAGCUCUUGCUGGUUGCCCGCGGCAUCCUGCACGCCUUGGACCACCUGCACUCCUGCGGAGUGGUGCACGGCGACCUGAAGCCCGCGAACAUCCUGAUGGACGCGGACCUGCGGCCUCGCGGCGCCGGCGGACUUCGGCUGGAGCCGCGUCACCUCGGAGGGCUCCGCGGCGGGCGCUGCAGGCGCAGCCGGCGCAAGCGCCGGGACGGGCGUCACAGGUGCCAGCGUGAGCACGUCGGCGGCUGCCCCAGGGACCCUUGGCUAUUGCGCCCCAGAGCUGGCGACAGGCGGUUGCGCGACCAAGGCAUCGGAUUUGUAUUCGCUCGGCGUGAUACUCGAGGAGUUGUUCGCGCAGGCAACGAGCGCCAAAGGCGACCAGCAUGCAGCGGUUCUCGAGGCAUCCCGCAGGCUUCGAUCUCAGGAGCCUAACGCGCGUCCGAGUGCGUCCGAGCUGAUCCAGCUUCCAUGCUUCAGUUCAGGUCUGAUUCGCACGAUCUCUUCUCUGCCAGAGUACUGGGAGAGCGAUGAUCCAGAUGCUGCAUCGUCUCGCCGGCUCGAUGCCAUGCACAAGGCAGACUUGUUCAGGAACCUCUUGCGGUCGACCGCGCACGCGGACAACCAUCACGGCGACCGCUGCGCGUCAAAGGCGCUGCAGCACGCUGCUGUCCUCGGCGUGGAGCGCAUCGAGAACCCGCGCCUCUGGAGGCGUUUCCAGCAGAAGCGCGCCGAGAUGCGCGAGCUUGGCGCGGCGCCGCUGCCCGUGCAGCCGGCCCUCCCCGAGGGCAUGGAGACGCUGGACCCCGAGACGAACGAGGUCUUCGGGCUCAUGCACGGGACGACCGCCGAUCUCGCGGGCACGAUCUGCGAGCACGGCUUCGACGAGAGGGUGUCGAACCUCAGUUGGGCGUUGCCAGGGGUGCCCCUGGCCCAGGGUGGCCCCAGAUCCUUCCAGGGCGCCCCCCGGGGGCCUCCAGAGCACCCCC